AUGUCCAUAUUAUUUGCUAGAGUGCCUUAUUCUUUUUGCAUUCGUGUUCGAGCGCUGCCGUUCUACAUGUCUCGGAGUCCAGAACCGAAAAGGGACGAGUCAUCAUUAUCACCACCGAAGCUUGAUGAUGAAAAUAUUGGUAGCGCUCCUAUACAAAUAACUGUACACAGCGUUAUGGCUGGUUUGAAAGAUGUAACAAUCACUGUACCUGCAGACGCCACAGUCGGAAAACUCAAAAGGAUCAUAUCUAUAAUAAGCGAUGUUCCAACAGAACAACAAAUUCUUGUGUUUAAAGACAAAGUAUUGAGCAACGAAAACGCCACACUUUCAUCCUACGGCAUGAUAAUGGCAUGCACAAUAACAAUGAAUUUGAAGAUGAACACUGGAUCAAGAAAACAAGAGAAAACAAGAGCUGCAGAAAUGAUGCUAUUUCUACCUCUGUUAUUAAUGCCCAAAGACGAUGUGAACGAUCUUCGAGGUACGAUACGAGAAAUGACGGACGUCAAAAGUUAA